CACAGCAACAUACGUCAUAAACAGUGUCAACAAGUGGAUCUGCCAAAUGUCGAGGAAGGAGCAAAUCGUCAGGAGUUGACACAAAUGGUAUCUUUCGAACGAGUCUCAUCUCCCAUUGCGACCACCGAGUUGGAUUUUUCUCCAUUUGAAAGAGGAUCGCCAUUUUUAUUCAUGAUGACUUGCGCAUCAACAUAGCACAAAUGUCACAUUUUGUAACUCCUUGACCAGAUCGACUGCACGUGUGUUCCGUGUAUGUGCGCACGCGUGUCGUUCGUUGUAUGUUUCGUCGGAAAGUGGGAUGGCGCGGUCACGUGAUUUAACGAAAAGCGCGCGAGUGCUCCCCACCCGGAAGAACGAAAGCGUCGCUGUUUCAGCACAAGCUUCCAAAAACACUCGCGCUGCUCCUCGUCUCCAAUUUCGCACACUCGACUUCAUUUGCGCGACACAACAACGCCACGCGAGUCAAAUCUUGUCGCCCAAUGAUGAGGAAAACGAAAGUGACGUCCUCGGCACCGGUAGAGAAGGCGCGUCUUCCGGUUUGCUGUCAUUUCCCGUUCGGCCGUCGAGGAGGAGGCGUCGUCGUCGCUUUGUGGACGAAAAGGAGCAAAACAUGGCGAAGCUGAACUUGUGUGUCUUGUUUGUCGCGGCUGCGCAAAUCCACAGCGUGACGCCCGUGCUUCACACGCUCAAGUAUUUCACGACAGCAUCGUCUCAAAUUCCAAACAUCCCAGACUACUCGGUGGUCGGUUAUGUUGACGACAUUCCGAUUUCGCGCUACGACAGCAAGAGCAGGAAAGCAAAACCCAAACAGGACUGGAUGAACAAAAUCACAGCAGAUGAUCCUCACUACUGGGAGGGACAGACAGAGAUGAAUAUUGCUAAUGAGCAGAACGACAAAGGCAACAUCGAAACUGUCAAAGAGCGCUUCAACCAAACUGGAGGUGUUCACAUGGUCCAGGUGAUUUUCGGCUGCGAAUGGGACGACGAGACCGAUGAGGUUGAUGGUUGGCUACACCUCAGUUACGAUGGAGAAGUCUUCAUCUCGUUGGAGGUGAAGACAAUGAGAUGGAUCGCAGCUCACCCACAAGCUUUCGUCACCAAACUCAAGUGGGACCGGGACGAAAUUUUGAAUCUAAACAAUAAGCACUACUACACUGAGAUUUGUCCUUCUUACUUGAAGAAGCAUGUGACCAAUGGGAGGGACUUCCUGAUGAGAACAGCUAUUUUUCAUCCUCUCACACAUUCUCUCAAUCUUUUAUCCUUUUCACACCGACACCGACCUUUUUCUCCUCUUACAUAUUCUGCCAUCUUUGUUCCUCUCACACAUUCUCCCCAUCUUUUCCUCCUCUCCCACACUCUCUCUCUCCGUCUCUGCCCCUCUCUCACCUGGUGUCCACGUCUCCCUCGGCCCGCAGAGCUUCCCACGGUGUCUCUCCUGCAGAAGACGCCGUCCUCUCCGGUCACCUGCCACGCGACGGGUUUCUACCCCAUCGUGGCCGCCCUGUUUUGGAGGAAGGACGGCGAGGAGCUCCACGAGGACGUGGAGACGGGAGAGACCCUCCGCAACCACGACGGAACCUUCCAGAUGACGGCCGACCUGAAAGCGGAGGUGACCGAUGAAGCCGAGGGCCGCUACGAAUGCGUGUUCCAGCUGUCCGGCGUGGAGGACGACAUCGUCGUCAAGCUGGAGAGAAGAAGCAUCCGGAGCAACGCGCGCAUCCGAGAGGAAGAAACGAGGAAGAUGGCGCUGGCUGUCGCUGUCCCGCUGGCGGUCCUCGCUCUGGCGGCGGUCGCGGUCCUCGUCAAGCUUUCCGAAAGCAGACGAGCCAAAUACGAUCCAGCUUCCGUCGUCGCCGAUUCCGAGCCCGCUUCCGAGCCCGCCGCCCGCUUCCGAGUGUCGGAACACGAGAGAGAUGUCUCCAUCGAGCGCUUUCUCAUCACGCUCGGGUCUGAAAACAGAGAUGGGAUUUGUUCUUCACGCAGACAAUUUGUGCAAUGAUGAUGUUUCUGUUAAGCCACGCCCAGAACCGCUUUCACGUCAACAAACAACUCAGUCAAUUUGUACGUCGAUCAGAAUGUGACAAUGUUGUUGGUGGCACUUGUUUUUUUU